AUGACUUGGCUCAACGAGUCGGACGAGACCUCCCCUCCCUCUUUCCCGCUCUCCGCCGCUGAGCACAAUUUCUCCCACUUCAUCGACCGUGACCCGUCGCCCUUCCCCACCUCCUCCCCCUCCCCCUACUCUCUGACGUCCUCCAACUGCACCGGCUCCCCGGGGGCCUCCUCUCCGCCGUACAACUUCUACGCCGUGCUGCUGGUGCUCCUGAUCUUCUGCGUGGUGUUCGGUAACGUGCUGGUGUGCAUCGCGGUGUCGCGGGAGCGCGCUCUGCAGACCACCACCAACUACCUCAUCGUCUCGCUGGCCGUGUCCGACCUGCUGCUGGCCACGAUGGUCAUGCCCUGGGGCGUCUACUUGGAGGUGGUGGGGGAGUGGCGCUUCAGUCUCAUCCACUGUGACAUCCUGCUCACCUUGGACGUCAUGAUGUGCACCGCCAGCAUCCUCAACCUCUGCGCCAUCAGCAUCGACAGAUACACAGCGGUGGCCAUGCCGAUGCUCUACAACACCAGAUACAGCUCCAGGAGGAGGGUGGCGGUGAUGAUUGCUGUGGUGUGGUUUCUCUCUUUUGCCAUCUCCUCCCCUUUACUGUUUGGACUCAACAACACCGCCAGCCGGGAAGGCACCACGUGCAGCUUCGCCGACCCGGCCUUCGUGGUGUACUCGUCCGUGGCCUCCUUCUACGUCCCCUUCAUCGUCACGUUGCUGGUGUAUGCGCAGAUCUGCGUGGUGCUGCGCAAGCGAGGCAGACGCACCGCCCCGCCGCACCGCCGCGGCCUGCAAGCGCAGGCCGCCACCGACGCGGGAGUCGGUCACCGGCACAGGAAGAGCAAGUGCACACAACCAGAGGAUGUGAAGUUGUGCACCCUGAUCCUGAGGCCCGCCACCGCCGGCCCCCAGCGCAAGAAAGUGACCCUGGUGAAGGAGGCGGCGGUCCACCCCCUGGAAGCGGAGCCGGGUCGCUUCCUGCCGCAGACCGAGCAGAGCCUGGCUCCGCCUCCCGCUCCCCAAACCGCCUCCCACUCGGGACGGGCCAGGAUCUCCCUGGCCAUCUCGGUUGGACCCGCGCCGACCCUGAUGCCCCGCCCCCCCACCCUCGAGGGGGGCAUGAGGGGCCGUGAGGGAUGGAGGGAGCGCAGCGCGGGCAGAGAGAGAUGGGGGAUGACCAAGGAGAGGGUGCGGGGGAGGCUGUCGCAGCAGAAGGAGCGGAAGGCGACACAGAUGCUCGCCAUUGUGCUCGGUGUGUUCAUCAUCUGCUGGCUGCCCUUCUUCCUGACCCACGUGCUGAAGGCCCACUGCAGCAGCUGCUGCAUCUCGCCGCUGUACAGCGCCGUCACCUGGCUGGGGUAUCUCAACAGCGCCGUCAACCCCGUCAUCUACACCACCUUCAACAUCGAGUUUCGCAAAGCCUUCAUCAAGAUCCUGCACUGCUGAGAGCCCGGAGGGAAGGGGUGGGGGGAGGAGGGGAGAGAAGCGACCAUCCGUCAGGGUUUUUGAGCAAGACUGCCGUUGGUUUGAGA